AUGCACACCACCGACGGGUCCUGGGAUCCCACCGGAGAGGAUCAGCGGCUAGCUGAGGAGUUGUUCGGCGACCUCCCCGACUUGGACGCGGCGCUUGAGCCCGUUGCGGACGGCCUCAGUUCGCAGGCCCACGACGACAGCCAGGUGACCAUCGGCUUGGCGAAGGUCGAUCAGGAGAAGGACGGAGAGGGCGCGAACGGCGAGGACUUCCAGGACGGCCUGUUCGAGGGCCCAGGUGCGUCAAGGGAUGGGAAGGAGACUGGCCCGACCUUAGAGCAGCCAACUCGCCGUCGGGCCACGCUCCUGACCAAGGUUAUCUACAAUCAGCUGGCCCUGGCCGACGGCGACGUGGCUCGGCCAGUCGACGGAGAUGAAGGCGACGUUGCGCCGCCAGUCGCGCAGUCCCAAGAGUGCAUCGAGGAGUCGAGCGGGGUCGACAUUCACGGGCUUCCUCUGCAGGACAUGUCGCUGAGCGGCGGCUUCCCCGCUGGGCGGGAGUUUGUCUCCAUCGCUCGAAUGCGCAACGCGGUGAACACCUGCGUGGACCGCAUGGCCAAGGAGGGGUGGUUCCAAGAUUACAAGUUGGGCACGAUGCAGGCAUUGGAGAGAAGGUUGAAGAAUCACCACGAAGCGAUCGUCGGCAAGGUGGCGUACUCUGUGCAAGUUGCGUAUAAGCAGGUGUGUGCGAGGAUCAACGCUUCCAUUUCUCUUUACAAGUGUCUCAAGCAUUGGCUAGGCACCCCGGGCGACUCGAACCUCGUCAACACCUUGGACCACUUCGGAAUCCAGGACCUGACUGUCAUCUUUGUGUACAGCGUCUUCCAGGCUUAUAUCAAGAAGCACAACAAGGUCUCGACCGCGAUCGAAAACUUGAGCAUGGCCAUCUUCGACUUGAUGCGCCAGCGCCCCGAGGAGGCAGCGCGAGAUAAGGAGCCAGAGCAUCCCGCCAAGAUCGAGGUGCAUAUUGGUGUCAGUGCCAAGUACCGCAUGGCCUACAUGGUCGCGGAGGCGAUGCGGUCUUACCUCUACAGCCUCCCCGAUACGUGCCUGGAACUCAAGAAGACGACCGACGAGUUCGUGACCGAGAUCAGCACCGUCGCGCAUGCGUGGACUCGUGCGAUGGAGCCACUCACUGGUGACAACGACGACGACGAAAGCGUUGUCUUCACUCGAGUGCUCGGGGCCAUCGGCAGCAUCGUGAAGUGCUGCAGCGCCGCAGAGAGUGAGCGGCCCACGUCGGUGACGGUACGAGAUGCCAGGAAGACAGUCUUUGAGCAGACGAGGCAGUCAGGCCAAACGCCUUCAGCAGAGCUCGCGCGAACCAUGAUCGCAUACAAGGUCCCGAAGGACGCCACGGAUGUGCCCCGCUUGCACGUCGCACGAAAUGUGGAGGACGAGGCCGCGCCGAAGUCUUUCACCAGCGCCGCGGCCGCUUUUGAGUCUGACUUUCAAGAUGCAUUCGAUGACCUGGAGAACUGGGUUGUGUCUAAAGCGACGGGUGCUUUCACCUCCAUCAAUGACCAAGUCGCCCUUAUGGGCAAGCUGCUCGCUGGGGCUAUGCUCUCCUUGCACAAGUGGUCGGCAUCCGCCUUGGCUGACAACGAGAAGUUGCUGAUUGACACGAUGCAGAACUCCGAAUCCAUCGUCGACGCGAGCUUGUACGCAGUGGUCCGCACUUUCGGCGUGACGAUCUCGGUCCAGUACGACGGCCUCGGCAAACGCAUCAAGACCCUGACGAAGUCGCGGCUCGCGGCGCCUACGGAGGAGAGCACCUCGCAGGAGGGCGCAAGCGUGGCGCUUGCAACGGCCGCGGCGGAGGCCCGCUCGGGAUCCUUCAGUGGCUUGGCGAUAUUGGGCGAGUUCCGCGACGGCAUGAUCGGCUUCGGAGCUACGCUGGGAGAUAUGUGGAAGCGCUCGCGCACGUGCGAGGUGGCCUUGAAUGGGAGGAGCUGCCCAGAUGCGACCAGUGAGCGGUUCCAGGGCGAGCAGAAGAGCAACAUGUCCUUCCAGGCCCGCUUGGACUCCACCAUCAAAGGGCUCACUGGCAUGAUCGAUUACGUCAACUCCGCGGCGACUCUGGCGCUGAUUUUCUCUGAGCAGCACGUCGACAGGAACAUGUCCGAGAGGGUCAUCAGCAUGGCCGAGCACGUGCACAAGAUGAAGCACGACCCCGUCGUCUUCGAGGUUACGAGGGCCGCCGCGAACGAUGAGCUGGUCGCGAAGGUCUGGAACGACUCCCAGCGGUUCAUGGAUGAUGUAGGGACACCCCUGUACACGGCCGUGGCGGACGAGCUUACAAUGGCGAAGCUUUCGCAGAUCGGAACGAGGGUAUCUUUCUCCCUGGGUGAUGCGCAGCAGAAGUUGGCUACCCAGUCGAGCGAUUUCGAUGCGAUCAAUGCGGCGGUUCGGUCGGGGGACUCUUACGGGGAGUUCGCCAGCGUUCAGCCCGAGCUCGAUGGCGAUUCCAGCGUCACCAUGGCCGCUCUGACAGCCGUGCAGCGCAGCGUCGCCCUGGGGGAGUUGAAGGAGUUCAUUUCGGCAAGCGGCCUUGCCGAUAUCGCUCUUCCCGAAGCCACUUGCACUUCGGACCCUCUCGUGCUGCGCAUGACGGCCGGCCAGGCCAUGUUGUGCCUGUCCGUGGUGACCUCGACCAACGACCUUGGCGCCCUCUGCGCCUUUCUGCACGACAAGCUCUUCAAGGAGGGUGGCUGCCAGAAGGCGCCCUCGAAGGAUGGCGCGUUCAAGACGUUGAGCGGCCUGCAGAGGCUUGCGUCGGAUGUGCCCAUGGCGCUUGACACCUUCCUCAACUCGGAUGUGUCGCUUGAGCUCGAGAAGGCUGGAUGGCAGUGCCCUCUCUCGUUUCAGAGCACCCGCCGCUGGACGUCGCUGGUCGCGGUUUUCUCCAAUGCGUGCCAGGACAGGAUUCUCACACUUUUAACCCGCAUCGCCGCGGCGUCCUCGGGCGAGUGCAAGGCGACAUGCCCGGACUGGGGCGCCGCGGUCAACCCUGGCGGCAGGCUCAGCUUAAAGAUGCUGGGCGCCAUAUUCGGCAGCGAGAAGAAGCUUGAGAAGGUGGUGUACGCCCACAACAUCCUGCACAAGGACCUCAGCCUCAUGUCCGUGGCUGCGCAGAUGAUGCAGGUGACACCGCGGGUGCAGGACAAUGACAUCACAAGCGCCUGCGUCGCUACGGCCAUGGCGACGCUG